UUGAAGAUUUUUAGUAAGAAAAACAUAUUUAAGUUGAAAAAUGAGGCUAACGCAGAUUCUAAAUCGUCAACAUAUAGGUUUUAUGUUCAAAAAGCAUUGGGUUGUGCAAGGAAAGCGGGUUCCCCUGGACACUGGCAUUGAGGCCGAGCUCAGGGAAAAGGGCAUCCCAAUAGAGGAUGCUCUGGAAUUUGUAAAAGAAAAGCCACAGCAACAUGAACGGUUAAAAAUUGUUGGAUUCUACGAUCCACCACUACCUCUUGAUGAGAACCACCCUGAGUACAAGGAGCGGCCAUGCUACACCAUUUCCACCAACAAUGUCUUACUUGAGGGCAUUUCUCAGGCUCAGGUUCUCACUAAAACCGUAAUAGCGGAGGACAGACUACCUCAGAAAAUAGAAGAGCUGGCCAGCCGAGAAACCCCCAAGGAAAUACAUGUGGGUGUGAAGAAAGCUAUAUUAUCAGCUAAUGUGUUUGAUUGUGAGCAGAAGAAACUUCCUAAAAUCAAGGAUCCUGUUCGACCAGCAUACAACUAUCCCCGGAUCUUGGGUAUUACUGACAGAAGAAAGAAUAUAAUCCUUACCAACAAACUCCUGCAGUUGAUAGAAAAGACAUCCAACACUGACACACCCAAAGGCCGAUAUGUCAUCAAUGACGCUGAAAGCAAAGCUGUAUUUGAGAAGAAUGAAGAACUAUUCCAGUUCCAGGAAGUAUCACACAUUCUGGUGACUUCCAGGAAGCCGCUGAAACAUGAUGUUUCAGAGAAAGAUAUUCCAUUUGUCCAGAUACCAGACUUGUACCCUGUUAGACACACUGUCACCAUGAAUCCAGUACAUUUCUACAGUGAAGACAGCAAAUACCCAAUCCGUCCAUCGGUGAGCGUGAAGCAUCCUCACACCACAUGGCUGCACUACAACCACACAGAAGUGGCCAACCUGUUCGAGACGCCGGUCACCAAUGAGCAGCUGCUCGGCAGGUCACUGACACAUGCCUUUGGAGUUGCUACUGCUUACGCCAAGCAGUUACAUGGGGACAAUGUCCAGGACCUACCUGAACCCGUCUACAUAAACUGCAUACAAACAGACGGACAGAAGUACCAUUUUGGUGUCCUAGAACUUAACACUUUGAAUCUAGAUGGAACUGAAGGCACUAAGAACGUAUGGUAUUGCAAGAACAAUGUAACGCUGUAUGAUUCAAGCAGGUAUUUCAAUGGCAUGCCAGUACUUGAAAACUAUAAUCCUGAAGUGUAUGGAUACAUAAAUGCCUUCUACAACUGUUAAAUUGUAAGUUAGUAUUAUAUUUUAAGUAGUGUUAUGAUGAAAUAUAAACAAGGAUAGACUUUGAAA